CCUGAUGGCCUGCAGGGCCAGGCGCUGUCCGCACCGCCGGCCAGUGAAUAAAGUUGUCCUGAGCACCUCCCUGCUCCCUGGCUCCCUCUGGCCGGCCCUGCGUCCGCAGCACUCCUGGACCCGGGGGAGCAGGUGGCGAUGCCCCUGCACAGGUUCCCCGUCCGCCUCUGGCAGCAGCUCCGGCUGCGGGACGGCAUCUGCGCCCGCCUGCCCCCGCACUACCUGCGCUCCCUGGAGGAAGCCGGGACGCCGGCUCCCGUCCACUACAGGCCCCACGGCGCCAAGUUCAGGAUCAGCCCCAAGAACGGGCAGCGGGAGCGUGUGGAGGACGUGCCCGUGCCCAUUUACUACCCUCCCGAGUCCCAGCAGGGGCUGUGGGGCGGCGAGGGCUGGAUCCUGGGCUACAGAUACGUGAACAACGACAAGUUGUCAAAGAGGGUGAAGAAAAUCUGGAAGCCCCAGCUGUUCCAGCGCGAGCUGUACAGUGAAAUCCUGGACAAGAAGUUCACUGUGACCGUGACCAUGAGGACACUGGAUCUCAUUGACGAAGCCUACGGGUUUGACUUCUACAUCCUCAAGACCCCGCAGGAGGACCUGUGCUCCAAGUUCGGGAUGGACCUGAAGCGGGGCAUGCUGCUGCGGCUGGCCCGACGGGACCCCCAGCUGCACCCCGAUGACCCUGAGCGCAGGGCGGCCGUCUAUGACAAGUACAAGGAGUUUGCCAUCCCAGAGGCCGAGGCCGAGUGGGUUGGCCUGACCCUGACCGAGGCCGUGGAGAAACAGAGGCUCCUGGAGGAAAAGGUCCCUACCCCUCUGUUCAGGGUCUACGUGGAGGAGAUACUGGAGCAGCUGCAGCAGCAGGCGCUGGCGGAGCCCGCAGUGGUGCAGAAGCGGUCCAGCAGGAAGUGACGGUGGCUCCUUGGGCACGACGAGCCAGGGCGCAGCUCCCCAGCGGGCCCCUGGCACCGUGGACUGAGAGCCGGGGUGGCACGAGGGCAGGGCCCCCAGACUGCCAAGGUGCUGGGGCCACCUGGGACGUUGGGCGAGCCUUGAUUCUCCCGUGUCCUGGCUGCGUGCCUCCCGAGGUGGGGCGGCUUCCGGGGGCUCCAGUGACUGUGGCCGCCCCGCUGCCCGGCGAGGCCCGUCCCCUGCAGCAUUGGAGGCUGAGGGGUCAUCUCUGGCUGUGGGGCAGGGACAAGUAAAGUCUGAGCUGGGGCUA